CCAGUCGGGCGGCGGCGGCGGCAGCGGCGGCAGCGGAGGCAGCAGCAGCUCGGAGCGCGGGGUUCCACGCGGACUGAAUCACGGAGAGACGGCGCUCAUGGCGGCCGCGCCGCGCGGCCUCCGGGCACGAGUGAAGCUCUCCACCCCUGGCUCUGAGGUGUCUGACUGACCACCGGAAGCCGGCCAAGGAGCUUUCUGGGGCUCCUUCCAGGGCCCCUCCUUCGGGCAAAGGGGGUCGCCCCCGGGAACUGGAAAAGCACGCGGGGCUCCAGACAGAAGCAAUCUCCGCCAGUCAAGAAACCAGCCAAAGUGUUUCACCAUGGAUAUAGAUGAUGAAGAAAAUAUGAGUUCCAGCAGCGCCGAGGUCAAGGAAAACCGCAACCUGGACAACGUCUCGCCCAAAGACGGCGGGGCCCCGAGCGCCGGGGAGGCCGGGCAGCUCGCCAACGGGGGCGGCGGCGGCGCCAGCAGGAAGAGGCCCCUGGAGGACGGGACCAACGGCCACCCCAAGUUCCGCCUCAAGAGGAGGAAGAAGAUCCCGGGGCCCAUCUUGCCCAAGAACGCCCUGAUGCAGCUCAACGAGAUCAAGCCCGGCCUGCAGUACAAGCUGCUCUCGCAGACGGGGCCGGUGCACGCCCCGGUCUUCGUCAUGGCCGUGGAGGUGAACGGGCAGGCCUUCGAGGGCUCGGGGCCCACCAAGAAGAAGGCCAAGCUGCACGCGGCCGAGAAGGCCCUGCGCUCCUUCGUGCAGUUCCCCAACGCGUCCGAGGCGCACCUGGCCAUGGGCAGGACCCUCUCCAUCAACACCGACUUCACCUCGGACCAAGCCGACUUCCCCGACACGCUUUUCAACGGCUUUGAGACGCCCAUUCAGGCGGAAGCGCCUUUCUACUUGGGCUCCAACGGAGACGGCGGCUUCAGCCCCGCGGCCGACUACCCUGUGCCCGCGCCCCCCGUGCCCAGCACGCUGAUCCAGGCGCCCCUCCCCAUCCCCAUCCCCUACCCGUCGUCCAGCGGCAAGAACCCGGUGAUGAUCCUCAACGAGCUGCGGCCCGGCCUCAAGUACGAGUUUCUGUCUGAGAGCGGCGAGAGCCACGCCAAGAACUUCGUCAUGUCGGUGGCCGUGGACGGCCACAGCUUCGAGGGCUCGGGGCGGAACAAGAAGCUGGCCAAAGCGCGCGCCGCCCAGUCGGCCCUGGCCUGCCUCUUCCACAUGCAGCUGGACCAGACGCCCUCGCGGCAGCCCAUCCCCAAGGAGGGCCUCCAGCUGCAUCUGCCGCAGGUUCUGGCUGAUUCCGUGGCCCGCCUGAUCGUGGAGAAGUUCAGUGACUUGACGGAAAACUUCACGUCCCCCCAUGCUCGGAGAAAAGUGCUUUCGGGAGUUGUCAUGACGACAGGCACGGAUGUCAAAGAUGCCCAGGUGAUCAGCGUCUCCACGGGAACCAAAUGCAUCAAUGGGGAGUACAUGAGUGACCGUGGCCUGGCCCUAAAUGACUGCCACGCGGAAAUCAUAUCUCGGCGGUCUCUGAUUCGGUUCCUUUACAUGCAGCUUGAACUUUUCUUGAGUACGAGAGAGGACCAGCAGAGAUCCAUUUUCAUGAAGUCCCAGCGGGGGGGCUUCAAGCUGAAGGAGACCGUCCAGUUCCAUCUCUACAUCAGCACGAGUCCGUGCGGAGACGCCAGGAUCUUCUCGCCCCAUGAGGCUGCCCAGGAUGAUCAGGCAGACAGACACCCAAACAGGAAAGCAAGAGGACAGCUCCGGACCAAGAUCGAGUCCGGGGAGGGGACCAUUCCCGUGAGGUCGACCACGACCAUCCAGACCUGGGACGGGGUGCUGCAGGGGGAGCGGCUGCUCACCAUGUCCUGCAGUGACAAGAUUGCCAGGUGGAACGUGCUGGGCAUUCAGGGAGCCUUGCUGAGCCUCUUUGUGGAGCCAAUUUACUUCUCUAGCAUCAUCUUGGGGAGCUUAUACCACGGGGACCACCUUUCCAGAGCAGUGUACCAGCGGAUCUCAGAUAUAGAAGAGCUUCCACCUCUGUAUGCGCUCAACCGACCUUUACUUAGCGGAAUCAGCAACGCCGAAGCUCGACAGCCAGGGAAGGCCCCAAACUUCAGCGUCAACUGGACGGUCGGUGACCCCAGCUUGGAGGUCAUCAACGCUACCACCGGGAAGGACGAGAUGGGCCGCGCCUCUCGCCUCUGCAAACAGGCGCUCUACAGCCGCUGGCUGCGCAUCCACGCCAAACUCUCCUCCAACAUGCGCGCCAAGAUCAGCAAGCCCCACCUGUACCACGAGUGCAAGCAGGGCGCCGCGGAGUACCAGUCUGCCAAAGAGUCGCUCUUCAGGGCCUUCUUCAAGGCCGGCCUCGGAGCCUGGGUGGAAAAGCCCAUCGAGCAGGACCAGUUCUCCCUCAACUGCACGCCCUGACUCGGAGGGCGCCCCUGCCAGCCCCGCCCACGCCCACUGUGCGCCCCCCCUCACCGCGCACAGCGGCCGCACACGCUCACGUCACCGCCACACACUCGCAUGCCCGCGCACCCUUCCCAGGACUGACCAGCAGCCGCUUCCACCCCUUCCGUGUCUGAGAACCCGUCGUUAGGUCGUCUCCUUCUCCUCCGGAAAGCUCGGUGCGGCUGCUAGCAGAGCCCUGCGUCCCGGCAGCCGCGCGCGGACGGGUCUGGUCUUCCCUCGGACCGGCCGGCCCCGGGUCUGUGCCCCCCCCCCCCAGUAUAAUAAGGCAAUAUCGGCAGGUGCACACGAUGUCCACCCGCGUCCUCGGGGGCUUCCACGGCACUGUCAGGAUGCGGUCUGGAUUUCUCCAGAACUCCGCUGCAGAACCCAUUCCUGCUCCUCCGGGAGCUUGUCCUCAGUGGGGGGGAGGCGGGCGACGAGGGGCGGAGCCAGAACCGUGGAAAGCCUGCCCGUCCCCGCCUCCUGCCCCUGACCCCCAGCUGCUGAGAAACGAUCCUCCACGUGUGUAUUUAUUAGCCUGGGACCCCGUCCCACGCCCCGCCCCGACCGCCCCUCCCCAAUGGUGUGAAGUCGUCGUCUUCUUCCUUUUUUACCAUUAUCAACUGGAAACCCAGUAGAGGUCAACUGUAAGCGCGCAGUUAGGUCUGUGUAACGUAGAAGAAUGGACCCUUGUAGCUGAUCUCUCCUCCCCUUCUCUAUAGUUAUAUAUAUAGAGCAUAUCUGUGCCCACGGCCCGUGUAAUGUUUGUGCGCACAUGCACACACGUGGGGACGCACGCACACACGUACACAUACCCAGGAAGUCAGAGUACAAUCACAGCUUUAGCGUCACUAGGGCACCUUCCAGAGCCAGCGAGAUGCGUUAGGAACGUCUGAACGCCAGCACAAUGUUUGAACCCCCUUCCUAAGUCACUGGCGGGGCCCCUUGGGAAGCUCUGCUUUGCGAACCUUAACUCCGGGAUCUUCCCUGAUCCAUCCGGGAUCGUCCCUAGUUUGACCCUGAGGUCCCACGGGAGGGAAUCCCGUGGGCCCCGAACCCGCGAUCCCGGUGGCCGGGCCAGGGGCCGAAAGCUCCCCAGGUUUGCUCAGAGCGCGCUCGCCAGGACGGCUUCCAGUUUCUUUCCAGCCUCUCCCAGCCAUGUCUGCUCGCAGCCCGAAGGACGUAGGUCGAGGGGGAGGGGCCUGUGGGUAGAAGGGCCAGAGCUACUGACCAACUGUCCUCGCGGGUCCGUGGCCGGGCUGGCAGAAGGCGCCUCUGCCCGGGCGGAAGUCUGAGGACAGGGAAGGUCUCAUUUGCCUAAUGUAGCAGCCGCGCUCCAGGGCUCAGGUGGCCAAGGAAGCGGCUCCCGUCUGUGCUAAGGAGGGGGGCGCCGUCGCCCCCUCAAACCCCUUGGAUGUUCUACUCCCUGGAGCAGCAACUACCUCAGCUUGUGCCGGUGCCCUCUGGAUCAACCCACACCUGGCCGGCAAGGGCCGGGCGGAGGCGGGAAAGGUCCCGCCCUGGCGGAGAGACAGAUGCUUAGGAAGUCCCCUCAGUCACCGGUCAGCUCCAGGGCCUCGAAAGCAAAUAGAUUUCCAAAUGGGAAGAAAGGAGCUUCGGCAACUGUGAAUCAGGUUUUUUUAAGGGCCCUUAGGAGGUGAGACAUCAAGAAUGAGGACGAGGAUUUCUGGGAAAGAAACUGCGGGUACUCGACCAGAUGGGAAAUAAUGAAGUUAGAAAUCCAGGUUUUGUAUGAGAGGAAAUAGCAGAAAUCUGCAUUGUGUUUAUAAGGAAGGAGUGGUCACUGCUAGAAUUUUCUCAAAUUAUUUUUUAAAAAAUUUAUUUAAGAAAUCUCUUUUAGAAUUGGAGCUCUUAAGAAUAGGGCCUUUUAAAGGCCCGAAAGAGUGAAAAGAAUGGGAGCAAAUUUGCACAAAAAUCUUGGACGGUUCACGUUCAAGAGCAAGGGGCCGGGUAAGGGACGGCAUCUUCAGGGGGUCCAUUCGCCGUCAUCCUGUCUGACUAGUUCUUUGGCCGGUAAUUCUGGUCAGCAAGGAGGCAUCUGCGUACACGGGAUUGGAGGAGGAGACGGAGCGGGCGCUCGGGAUCGUCUGGGAUGCCCUCUGCUGCCGGAAAGGGUUCCUGUGGCUCUCAGCAUCCUCCCCGGAGGCAGGACUGUCUGGCCAGUCUGUGCAGAGGAACGGGCUUGGGCACCAAGCUCGGGGCCUCCCCCACUUUUGCUGCCAUCUCUCUCGUGCCCUUUAUGGGUUAAUGUGGCAUCAGUCACGGAAAGCCUUGCUUUAACUUGGAACAAUCAAAGAGGAAAAUGUGUCCAUCGUGGCUGCAAAAGUGGGGGACCGCCCCAGUCUUGUGGGGUCUGGCUGUCACUCUGAGGACCCCUGUGCCUCGAUGGCUGGCCUCCAGCUUUCCUUUCCCCUAAUCCCCCUCCUCCUUUUCAUUCUAAAGAGUGAUUAUGAAUGUUUGCCUCAGGAUCAUCACAAAAUUGAAAGAAAAUGAAUUCAGCAGAUGUAAAUACUUGAAAAACACAGCAAGGUUUUCUUCAAUUCUCUUGUAGCUUUAUCAAAGAUGCGUUUAACAGAUUGACAUGAUCCGGCCCGGGCAGUUACUGAGGUGACGCUGGGCAGGAGUGGGUCAGGGACCACCGGGCGGCGAGCCUGCCGCGGUUGUCGCCUCGCCGCCACACUCAGGACUAGCCAAGGACUCUGCGUGGACUUGUCCUGUCCUUUGCCGCUGAAGCACACGUUUUCCCAGCCCAGAAGCGGGUCCCCCCCUCCUGCAGGCGUCAGGCUCCUGGGCGAGGACACCAUGUGGCACUGCCAGGGCAGGACCACCAGCCAUUGCCCUGGUGGCCGUUUUUCAUCUCUCUCAUACUUGGAGCAUCCAGAUCAUGGCGAGGAUGAGUAUGAUCGCCAUCCUCAUCUCACCACUGUCUGUAUUCGGAGACUGCUGAAUGCUGAGAGGCCCGCCUUCCGUUGCCGACCCCCGGGUGUAAGCCAAGCCCGCCCCCGCCGCCCCACGGAGUGGAGCCCCCGGAUGGCAUUUGCACACUGACGGAGGCUCGCCUCGGGUUCCCUCAGACCGAGAAGUGGGCGCUUGGCCACUCACCGGCCCAGCCCGCCCUCCAGGCGGAGCCUCUCUGGUAAAACAGGUUGGGGGGUCUGGUUUUGUUUUUCCUACCUAGGAGCUAAUGGCGUCUGGAUGGUGUCGCCACCUUGGGCGGAGGCGGCCUCUUGCACUGAAGAAUACCUUGUAUGUUGUUGCGUUUUUAUUGUUGUCGAUAGAGAAGAUGUUGUAUUUUUUCUAGGGGGUGGGGAGAGCUUGUAAUUCAAAUCAUGCUAUUUUUAAGAAAUUGUCUAUUGAACGCUGCUCUAGAAACCUAGGAAAGUGAGUCGUCCCGCUUUGUCCAGCAUGUCCCGGCUGUGUGUCCAGCAUCCCGGUUCCCUGCUUCUCCUCCGCUUGCUGCUGGGUGAAUGGGGACAGGACUCACCGGGGUCUGCCUCCCCCCUUACUGGGACUCUUGUUCCCAGGAGGGAGGAGGCUGACCUCUUAGGGGUUGCCUCUGGAAAUCCAGGCUUUAGAGGCUCUGUAAUCAAGGGCUUCCUCCAGAAGGAAGGGAUUCCCAUCCAGAUAUGAGGUGCCCUGAAAUGAUCCCCACAGGGCUAGGCGUCCCUCUGUGGGAUUGCCGUGAUCUUCUGGGGGCUAUACCAUGAAUGCUAAAGUGAACAAGGCAACUGCUUGCUGGUCUGUGGGGGGCGAGGACCAGCCAGAACCAGAGAGGGUCUUUGCUUGGAGCCCCCUGGUCUCCUGGCCAUGAUUUAAACCCUCCCUGUCUCAAGGGAAUGCUGCAGCCUGGACCAUGGGGAAUCUGAAUCGUACAUCCAAAGAUUCAAAUAGGUUGAGAGAAAGCUGCCUCCUGUGGCUCCCGAUGGCCAGUGGGGCAGGCCCUCCUAAUACGGGAGUCUCCAUGAUUUCAUGCUCUUUUCAGGAUCUGGGUUUUAUAGCAUCUGUCCUUGUCCCCAGUGGUCUCCCUAGCAGAUGGGAGGGAAUGGAGAGCUCUCCGCUCCAAGGACACCCUUGUGGGCUCUGGGAGGAUUUCCCUUACCAUCACCCAUUGUCCACCGUAGCCCCAGGGUCCCCCUCGGCACCCGGAGCUUCAGCUGUAAGCCUGCCAAAGGAGGAACCAGCCGGCGUCCAUUUGUUGUGGAAGUUUAGUCACAUGCUGGAAAGUCACCUCUCCCUCCCUCUCCCCCAGUUUGUGCCCCCAGUUGAGCCAAGGUGACUCCCCGCCCAGAUGGUGUCUGUCUUAGGACUACCCUGCUCAGGUCCUCGAUUUUUCAGGGAUGCACCCCAAAGUCGCCUACAGCUCCCCCCAAGUUUGGAAAGUAUUCUGCUCUGCACCCCCAGAGCUUUGCACAUGGCAGGUGCUUGUGAAUGCUCGGAUAGAACUGGCUGGGUCAGAGUUGCUCCUUGGAGGCCGGUGGUCUUCACAGUGCGCCUGACCCUGGGGAUGGAGCUUUCCGGAUGGGGGAUCUCUGGGCAACAAAAGGCGCCACGAAUCUCUGCCCCGCCCCCGCCCCCUCCCCCCAUCUCAGCUGCUAGAAGGUUCUACCAGGGUUCAGAGCAUUCCACAGCCACCUUAGAAACGUGGCCGGAUCCUUUUCAAGUAUUAUAAUGAGGUCACAGCACAGGAAAGUAUCAUUCUUAAAUGAUGGGGAGCAAUCACGCUGAUGUGGGGGAGCCCUUCAAGUCAAACCCAAACUCGGCAGUCGCGACAGAGGUGGGGAGCCUCGGGAUCCCUCAGUCGGUAAGUCCGCCCCUCCCCCGUCCCAGCUACUCAGCUGCCCGUCCUGGCGGAGCGGGGUCCUGGGAGGGGGGGGGGCGGAGGACGGUGAUGAAAUCACAGGAAGCUUGCUGGUGGUUGCCGCCCCCCCCCCCCCACGUCUGAUGUUGACUGUGCUGUGGCUCUGUGGCCGGAAGCCUGACAUUCAGGUAACGGACACGGGGCUUCUUUUAAUAGAAUUUUUUUAGUGCUAUCUCCCGGGACCCCGACGAGCAGCUGCGGGCCGAAAGGUCGCAUUUGAUUGUGAUUUUGGCGUGAUCGGCGAGAGGCUCCUGCGGCCUCUCGGGGCUCGGGCCACGUUCUUUUGUCCCGCAGCUUCCUUCGUGGACUCGUGUUUCAGUAUUCUGCCCCUCCAGUGACUACCCUCGGUGGCCGUGGCAGCCCCGCCCAGGGCCGGGUUGGGCGCCGACGGCCCCUUCCUCAAAAGCACAGCUGGUGAAGCGCCGCGGAGGGAGCCCUCCCGGAACUUAGUCAGCCGCUUUUCCAGACUUCGGGUUGUUCGCUUUGGAUUGUGGUUUUAGCAAUUGGUCAAUUUGUAUGAAUAUAAACCAGCCCAGAAACUUGUCCCUAAGAUUAACCCUGCAAUACUCUCUGUAUAGAUAGACAAUAUUAUGGCCUGCAUGAGCUUUCUCUCACACUGAGACCUAGCCGGAAACGAGCAUGAGACGCUGUCAUUGUAGACAAAGGGAUUUCAAGUGUUCAAAAAUAAAAAUACAUUUAACUACA